UAAAAAGGAGGUGAAGAAGAAGAUCGAAAAGCGACUGCUUCUCUCUCUUUCUCUCUAUGCCUGAGUUUCUUUGAGAGAGAUAUCAGUCCCCAAAGCCUCCAUUUUUAUUUUAUAUAGUAUGUAACUUCCAUCUCUCUUUUUCCAGAAGGUGAUUGCAAGAACACUUACUGCAAAGAGCGGCCAAAGAGAGAGAAAGGAGAGAAAGAGAAAGAAAAAGACGACAGACGGAGCAACAAAGAACAAGAGAGAAAGAGAGAGAGCGAGAGAGAGAUAGAGAGAGAAGAUCAGGAGGAAUUCAGGAAGCUUUCAAUACCGCAGAAGAGAAAACGAUGUCUGAGAGCUUUACAUCCUUUCACACUCUGCAACUCUAAGAGAAAGGGAUAAAGAGAGUGCGUAUAGUGGCUCAAAUUAGAGCCAAAGAAAGAGAUGAUGAUGAAGAAGAAGAUUCUGAUAUGGGACUAGCAACGCCACCACUUCCACCAAUUUUCUCGUUUCCGAAGACCGACCACUCAAUUUCAAUCCCAGAAAAGUCCAAUAAUUCUGCCAAUUCUAUGUCCCAAGACUACCACCACGGCAUCUUCAGCUUCUCCAAUGGGUUUGAGAGAUCCACCGUAUCACACCAAGAACAACAACAACAGCAUCAGCAACAUCAUCACCAUCACCAUCAUUUACAUGAAGCGCAGCAACACCAGAUGGCGCAGCAGAUCCGUAGGGACAAACUGAGAGUGCAAGGCUUCGAGCACCCACCACCAGUACCACUGGUAGGGAUAGAUGAAGAAGAAUCCGGGGGCCUUCCGGUGUAUGAGACGGCCGGGAUGCUAUCCGAGAUGUUCAAUUUCCCUCCUGGGGGUGCUACCGCUACAGACUUGUUGGAGCAACCGAUGGCACCGAGCUAUCGGUCUCCACGGCCACAGCCGGCGCCGGCAACAAGUAUGGCCAACGAAUGGUACGGAAGCAGACAAGGGAUGGUGGUGGGUUUGGGACCCUUGGGAGAUGCGAAGAAUCAGAAUAGUGUGAAUAGCCGUGACAGUCUUGCUCAGCCUCAUCAUCAUCAUCAUCAUGCUCAGAUUUCAAGCAUUGAUGCUACAGAUUCAGCAGCUGCCAUGCAGCUUUUUUUAAUGAAUCCACAGCCAAGAUCUCCAUCUCCUCCACCUCCUUCAACUUCUUCCACUCUACACAUGUUGCUUCCUAACCCAUCCACUUCUAUUCAAGGGUUUGCAGCAUCCGGGGCAGCAGGAGGAGGUUUUGGUCAAUUCACUUGGGUACCUGAUGGCAGCCAUGUUGGAGGUACUGCUGGUACCCAACUCAACAACCCUAGUGAAAUUGGAGGGGUUGUGGAGAGCCAAGGUCUUUCAUUGUCUUUAUCUUCUUCUUUGCAACAUUUGGAAGCCGCAAAAGCGGAGGAAUUGAGGAUGGGGGAUGGCGGGAUAUUGUAUUACAAUCAAGGAGCUGGGGGCUCAUCGUCAACUCAGUAUUAUAAGAACUUGGGCGGCCAUAACCAGACCUUGCAUUUGCCGGGAAUGGCUCAGAACCACCAGGUUCAUGUUGGGUUUGGGUCCUCAUUAGGCGUGGUAAAUGUUUUGAGGAAUUCAAAAUAUGUCAAAGCUGCCCAAGAGUUGUUGGAAGAGUUCUGCAGUGUUGGUAGGGGGCAAUUCAAGAAGAAAAAGUUUGGAAAGCACAACAGUACAAACCCUAAUCCCAAUCCAGGUAACAAUAAUACAACUGGUGCUGGUUCUUCAUCAACCUCAAAGGAUCAUCUACCUCCAUUGUCAGCUGCUGACAGGAUUGAGCAUCAGAGAAGGAAGGUCAAACUUCUUUCCAUGCUUGAUGAGGUAGAUCGAAGAUACAACCACUACUGUGAACAAAUGCAAAUGGUAGUGAACUCAUUCGAUCUGGUUAUGGGUUUUGGUGCAGCAGUCCCUUAUACUGCACUUGCACAGAAGGCAAUGUCUCGGCAUUUUCGGUGUCUAAAGGACGCAAUAUCAGCACAAUUGAAGCAUAGUUGUGAGCUUCUAGGAGAUAAAGAUGGUGCGGGGAGUUCAGGAAUAACCAAGGGAGAGACCCCAAGGCUAAAACUGCUGGAACAAAGCCUAAGACAGCAAAGAGCCUUCCAUCAAAUGGGGAUGAUGGAACAAGAAGCCUGGAGACCCCAACGUGGGUUGCCUGAACGUUCCGUCAACAUCUUGAGAGCCUGGCUUUUCGAACAUUUCCUUCAUCCGUACCCAAGCGAUGCAGAUAAACAUCUGUUGGCACGGCAGACUGGUUUAUCGAGAAAUCAGGUUUCAAACUGGUUUAUUAAUGCCAGGGUUCGGUUGUGGAAACCCAUGGUGGAAGAAAUGUACCAACAGGAAGCUAAAGACGUGGUGGGAACAGAGGAAAGAGAAGGAGAAAGGAGCCAAAACAACAGUGGCCUCACACAAACUCCAACGCCCACAACGACAGCUGCAACACCAGCAUCAACGACAGGACCAGCAACAACAGCAACAACAAUACCAACAACAACAAUCACAACUAUUACGCCAACAGGCAAAAGAUCCGAUGUCAAUGCGCCCGAAAGCGACCCUUCACUUAUCGCAAUCAAUAGACAUUGCUUCUCAGAAAACCAAGCAAAGCAGGGCAACUCCACAACCACCACCACCGCCACCGAGAUGGCACCGCCGGUGUCGCAGUGUUUCCCGACGACCCAGGACAGCUCGGACAUCCUGCAUCAGCACAGAUCAAUGGCUACCGAUGACACGUGUCGCCGUGGCAGUAUCGUUUCUGCUGAUCAUCACUUUGGGACCAUUUCUGGGAAUGCUGACAUUGGGUCUACCCUCAUUAGGUUUGGGACCACCGCUGGUGAUGUAUCACUCACUCUAGGGCUACGCCAUGCAGGAAACAUGCCAGAGAAAAGUUCUUUCUCGGUUAGAGACUUUGGAGGAUGCUAAAGUUCUAUAGUCGCUUAAAGGAAAACGAACAAAAAAUCUUUUAUUUUCUUCAUCUUUCUUUUUUUUUGGUUCCAACCAUUAUGAUCAAAACACAUUAUCAGAAACGUAGCAUUAAGCUAGGCGCUAGCUCUGUGGGGAUCUAUUAUAAUUGUAUAGUAGAUUGUUUUUACAUAUUUUCCUCUAUGUACUUAAGGUUUUUGUACCUCUUAUUAUAUAGGAGUAUUUGCUAAAAGGACGUCAUGGAACCCUAUUUAGAGAGAGGAGGGCCGGUUAUUGGCAGUAGAUUUUAGUACUGGGUAUUAUUAUUUUGAAUAAUGGCAAUUAGUCUCUGCACAAGUUCUAUAUA